CCGCCCGCGAUGGGAAGUGCCUUAUAAAGCCGCGACCCGCUUCGGCAGGACGGAGUCCUGGCGGCGCCGCCUUGAGCGCGGGGUCGCUCGCAGCCGCCCCCGGAGUGCGUGCGCAUCCCCGGGCAUCCCCGCGGGGUACCAACUUCGCCCGGCGGAGACUCCGAACCGCCGCGGCGGACCGUCGACCGUGUCCUACGGAGGAGCCCCCGCUCGCCCCUGCCGGGACCCCACUCUGCCCAAAGCGGACCCCGGGAGGGGGCCGAGGGCGCCCCCCGGUGGCAAGGGCAUGCUCGGGCCGCGGCAUGGCCUCGGCGGUGUUUGAGGGGACGUCGCUCGUCAACAUGUUCGUGCGCGGCUGCUGGGUGAACGGGAUCCGCCGGCUCAUCGUCAGCCGGCGUGGCGACGAGGAGGAGUUCUUCGAGAUCCGGACCGAGUGGUCCGACCGCAGUGUGCUCUACUUGCACCGAAGCUUCGCCGACCUGGGCCGCCUGUGCAAGCGCCUCCGCGACGCCUUCCCCGAGGACCGGCCCGAGCUGGCGCGCGCGCCGCUGCGGCAAGGACUACUUGCCAUCAAGGGUGCACAGGACAUAGAGACCAGGCUCAAUGAGGUGGAGAAGCUGCUGGAGACGGUCAUCAGCAUGCCCUGUAAGUAUUCUAGGUCUGAGGUUGUGCUCACCUUCUUUGAAAGAUCACCUCUGGAUCAGGUGUUAAAAAAUGAUAACGUCCAUAAAAUUCAACCCAGCUUUCAAAGUCCCGUCAAAAUAUCAGAAAUCAUGAGGUCCAAUGGAUUUUGUUUGGCAAACACAGAAACUAUAGUCAUUGACCACAGCAUACCCAACGGGAAGGACCAGCUCCUGGAUGCGGAUUCCACAGAGCAUUUGUUUGAGAAUGGUAGUGAGUUCACCUCAGAGCUGGAAGAUGGUGAUGACCCAGCAGCUUAUGUCACCAACUUGUCCUAUUACCACCUGGUUCCAUUUGAGACAGACAUUUUGGACUGAGCCUCUCCAUCAGGCCUUCUCUGCCUCGGUUCUUGACUGCAUGUCCUCACGCCGUUCACUGUGCGGGCCCCAAGGGCCAAAGCUGCUGCUCAGCCUGGGCCGCCCAGAGUCCUGAGGUUCACCAGGCCUGAGUGUCCUGAAAGUGGAGGCACAGGGGCCCUCGACCUCCACAGGCUAACCGUAGGUCUCCAGCAACAGGCGGCUAUGGGUCCUGCAGCUCUGUGGGGCCUUCUACCUGCACUCAGCUCUGCCAGCCUGCCUCUUUUCCCGGGACUCACUGUUCCUGCGGGCCAUACUUCCCCUUGUUCUCACUGCCUACUGGAGGGGAGCAUUCCUCUUGGUCACAUGGCCCUGACUCUCCACUUUCCUCUCGUAUGUCAAAGGCACAAAGCCUUUCAAGCGGACUUUUGAUAAGUCACCAAGUUCUGGACCUAAUGGGCAAGGGAUAUUAAGUGAGUCAGGACUUCCCUGAGAAGGAUGUGUGGCUUUCAGGUUUUGUUUGGUUUUCCUUUACAUCUCCUUGGAAACUGGGUUUGGCGUCAGCUUGGAAGGAGACACAACAUCAAGCCUGAAGAGGAGUGCUGGCUUCCAGGAAGGGAGAGCAUUCACAGUCAAGUGCACGUGAACCCAGUGUAAAAGUUUUCUUCCAGAGAAGAGAGCGUCUUCCUGUCUGCCAGCACCUGUCAGUUCUCCUGCCAGGCAGCGAUGCUGUCACCACACCCUAGGGUGCUUCAAGUCCCUCCCGUGGUGCACCCAGUGGCAUAAAUGCCAGGAUGAAUCAUAAAGAAAAGGAUGGGGAGGAGGGGAAGCUUACAGCUUAGACCACAGGAAGGUCUGGGUCCUGCAAGCUCAUCUCCUCAUCGUGUCUACUAAUGACCAGCACUUGCUAAUGUAAAUAAUAGUAACUUAUUGAAAAUUCUAAUUCUUUUACACAGUCUGUUUUUAAUCUAUUUUAAUUAAAUAAAAUCUAUUGCUCUACUUUGA